UGACCCAAAUGCAGAUCAAAUUAUUCCAUUACCAUUUGGAGGAUAUUUUGAAUCAACUUAUGAUAAAAAUUACGUGAAUCCAGCAAUAAAUUCAACAUCUCCGCCUAGAUUCGAUAUUCAAUUAUUGCAAAAUACUAGUUCACAAGAAUUUCCACCAGGGAAUAUGGAUUAUUUAACAAUCUCAUUUGUUAUUCCGAUAAUCCGUUCAAUAGGAAAUAUUUCAGUUUAUCAAAUUAGUAAUCCAAAUGAUGAUUCAAAAUUAUUUAUUAAAGUUGAUAUUUUGAAAGCAACUGAAUCUGAUUCUGAACCAACUGUGCAAAGUAUUAUCGACGAUUUAGAUAUGUUGAUAAGGAAUAAAAAAAAAUACAAUUAUUUCUUAUAA